UACGUGUUCCGUGCCACCACCAGCAUCGCCACCGCCUUCAACUCCCACGCCAACGAGAACGCGCAGUACAUCGGGCGCCUCAUCAAACAUUACGACGUCAAGCUCCUGUCUCAUCUCCAAGAGCUUCAGCUACGGCAGCACGCGGCUGCCAACGACUUCGCCUGCUACACCAGCCGCGCCGACAAGGGUCGCGACCAGAUUCGUCAUGACAUGACGCAAUCUCGGACCCUUCUGUCCUCAAAGUCCGCGUCCACCAAUUCUGCGCCGAGUGGGGUCAACGCCGCCUCUGCCGCCACCAACGUCAGCGACGCGCAGAGGAAGGACCGCGAAUUGUGCAAACUUCGCUGCGCACCUGCCGCUGGGCACGGAGCCGCUGACACUCACAGCAGCCGUAACAAGAACGCCAAGACCGAACGCAACGAAAAUCUUCUUCGCCAACUGCGGAAGGCCAUCACGUCUAUUCACCCCGCUGCUCAAAACGAUCUACGCCUCGCCGGGUCUGAUGGUAUCAGUCUCAUCGGCUCUGAUCCGAUUGCUCGCGUCCACAGUGAUAGACCUGGACAUGUUCAUUACAACUGGCGCUUUGCAAUCGCCUCCGACCGCGGCAUCGACAAGGAUGCUGUUCGCUCCAGGCUCGCCGUGUUCGCCAAGGGAUCGCUGAAGUCGAGCGAGUCUGACCGCCGGAGCCACGUCGUUGCCGUCCGAAGCGCGCACGCAUUCUACCUCAACCUCUACAUGCAGCUCACCACAAAGCACACGUACCUCAAGAACCCCGUGUUCAACAACUCAACCAUUAUCAAUAUUGAAGUGUCACGCAUCACCGGCCCGAAGAAGCCCGAGUGUAACGUACUUGCGGAGAGAAGAGCUAUCAGACCACCCGCUCAAGCCUCACCCUUCGCCUGGAUCGACUACGCCUAUCACACUUUCAACAUCGCCGACUACGAAUUCUGCAGAUUCAAAGCAAAUGCCAUCUUCGACACAACCGACGCAAGGAACCUCCUACCCAUUAUGGACACCCUCCCCGCAAUGUUCGGUUUCGCCACUUACUCUGUCACACUCGACUCCAGAAUACCGACCGUUGGGCUGGCCACGCUGCUCCGACUCCAGGUCUACAACACUUCCGUUGCGACUAACGUUGACGCCGUCGACGCCAUGGCCAACAG